CCCAUAGCUGGUGGGCGGGCUUCAAGGUGGACAUGGCGGCGCCGGGUCCCUGCGCCGACGGCCCCUGCUGCGCCGGCCCCAGUGCGACGGCCGGGGUGCAGCAGACACUGGACGAGAUGGACUUCGAGAGAGGAAUCUGGUCGGCAGCUCUGAAUGGAGAUCUGGGCCGAGUGAAGUAUUUAAUCCAGAAGGCAGCAGACCCUAGCCAGCCUGACUCAGCCGGCUACACGGCCCUGCACUAUGCCAGCCGCAAUGGGCACUAUGCUGUCUGCCAGUUCCUGCUGGAAAGCGGGGCAAAGUGUGAUGCCCAAACCCACGGGGGUGCCACUGCCCUGCACCGGGCCAGCUACUGCGGGCACACUGAGAUCGCACGGCUUCUGCUUUCGCAUGGGUCCAACCCCAGACUGGCUGACGGCGAUGGCAUGACCAGCCUGCAUAAGGCUGCUGAGAAGGGUCACGUGGACAUCUGCUAUCUCCUGUUACAGCACAGCCCGGCCCUCAAAGCUGUCCGGGACCGGAAGGCACGGCUAGCGUGUGACCUGCUGCCCCACAACAGUGAUCUGCGGGACCUGCUGGCCAGCUGAGUCACCACCUCUGUGUCUGGCUGUCCUGCACGGGCACACAGGAUGGCACUCCCAGCCCCUCCAUGCUGCAGGGUGGGACACCAAGGCCUGAAGACCCAGGAAGAGCCCCUUUUGGCCACUGGAAUAGGGGAGAUGCUUAGGUGGGACUGCAGGCACUUAAGCCUGGGCAGAUGAUCAUACUCUACACAGUUCCUGUGGACAUAAUAAAGUUAUAUCCUAACUUCA